CCGCCGUCCGCAGCGAGGUGCCCGGGCUCCUUGAGCCGGUUUCACAAGAUGGCCCGCCGUGGGAUGUGCAGAGGGUGGAGCCCGUUCAACCCGUUUCGCCGCUGCAGGCGUGGUGGUGGGGUUUCUCCGCUCCCGCCCUGGCUGGGUUUUGUUAAUGGCAGGGGCUCCAGAGCAGAGCAGUUGGCUGCCAAGAGGGGGUCUGUGCUGCUGCCAGGGCAGCACCGGGGCUGCAGAGAACUGUGAUGAGCUGGAGGAGGGCAUUUCUGCCGCCCCGUUUUGUAGCACCCUUGCUGGUCUUUUGGUUAUUUAUUUGUUUUUUAUCCCCCAGCUCUGAAGGCUACCUUGGCUAGUGGGGAAGGGCACCGAGUCCCUUCGUGAGGCAGGGGACGGCCAGCAGGACACCCAGGAGGCUGGCAGGGUUGCCUGCUGUGCCCGCAGCGUGUGGGCUGUGUCGCGGAUCUCGGCUGCUCAUCUCACCCCAGGCACCUGCACCUUUUGCAAGUGGGCCGGGUGCCCUCCGAGCAGGGGGCGAUGCAGGGCUCAGCUUUUGCCGGAGCUCUGGAGAGGAGCUGGAAGCCUGUCGGAGCCUUCCCACCGCCCUGAGCAGCCCAGCAGGCAGGCGGGGCAAGCUGCAGGCAUGGGGCCUGUGAGAGCUCUGCUGCUUUGCUUCCAGGCCCUUAGGAAUAAUUUCCUCUGACCUGAAAGGAUCCUGCCAAAUCUGAAGUUAAAAGGAGCUUUUUGUAUGGAAAUCAGGUGCUUGUGUAUCUGCAGGUGAAAUUACCCUCAACAUGGAGAGGCUGAAAUUGCUCUCCAGGUGCCCGCUGCUCAUCAGAGCUGCACAGAGACCUGCUGCUCUGCUCCGUCCGCAGGAGCAGGAUGCUCUUGCAGGAGUGCCAGAGAGCCAGUGCCACCUCCUGCCCCUCUGUGGCUCCCAAACAGGGCAGUGGGUGCUCUCUGGGGCACGUUACCUCCUGGUAGGGGCUUGCAGGGGGUGGCAGUGGCUGCGCAGCUUUGGUUUGUGUCGGCCCCUGGGGCUCUGUGCAUCUGCUCCAUCGCAGCUGCAUCCUCCUGCCCUCAGCACCCACCCUGUCCUGGGUGCCGGAGCUGGGGUCCCCGGGACGGGCUGGCCACAGGGUGGCUGGUGGUGUCCCCAGAAGCUGCUCACUAAUGGGGUUUGAGGUCAUUAGCUGAACCUGCGUGCGCCGAUGCCAUCACACGCUGCGUCACCAUCACAGGGGCAGCGCCCUCCCGCUGUCCCCAAAAACCCUCUUCCCCUUUCCUGCCAGCUCUCCCCAGCUGUGCCCAAGGGCUACGGCCGUGUCCUCAAAAAACUGCUGGCCCCUCCAAAAAAGGAGAGGGACUGCGUGAAGCAGACUGUCCGUGACCAUGGCGUCCGGGGGCUGUACCGGGGGCUCAGCUCGCUGGUGUACGGCUCCAUCCCCAAGGCUGCUGUCAGGUUUGGGAUGUUCGAGUUCCUCAGCAACCAGAUGAGAGACGAGCAGAGGUGGCCAGCAGCCCUUCGGGGCCGUUGCCUCCCUCCUUGCCUUGGCCAGGACGAGCACAUCAUCUCCCCGCAGGUGAAGUUUAUCCAUGACCAGUGCUCCCCCAAGCCCAAAUACCGGGGCUUCUUCCACGGCGUCCGGGAGAUCGUUCGGGAGCAGGGACUAAAGGGGACCUACCAGGGCUUGACCGCGACCGUCCUCAAGCAAGGAUCCAACCAGGCCAUCCGCUUCUUCGUCAUGACCUCCCUCAAGAACUGGUACAAAGGGGACAAUCCCAACAAGGUCAUCAACCCCUUCGUCACGGGGAUUUUUGGAGCCCUUGCUGGAGCUGCGAGCGUCUUCGGCAACACCCCCUUGGAUGUGGUGAAAACCAGGAUGCAGGUACGGCACUGGGGCACGGUGCGGGAGCCUGCCUGUGGUGACCCCCAGGGCUGGGGUCACCCACUGUUGGGGAGCUGUUUUGUGCAGCCCCCCGGGGCAGGCGCCUGA